ACAGUUCAUAUUCAAACAUUCCAACGACAUCUUAUGACCUACCUGAUGGGCAGAAGAUAGAAGUUGGAGCAGAUAGAUUCAAGAUUCCUGAUAUUAUAUUCAAUCCAUCAUUGGUUCAGACUAUCCCCGGGAUGGAAAGUUUUGCUGAGACUGCUGCUUCUCUUCGUGGUCUACCACAAAUGGUUAUCGAGACCAUAAACAAGUGCGAUGUGGAUAUCCGAAGAGAACUUUUUAGCAGUAUAUUGCUUGCUGGGGGGACAGCAUCGAUGCAACAACUCAAAGAACGUCUUGAAAAGGACUUGCUAGAGGAGUCUCCUCAGGCAGCGAGAGUCAAAGUAUUGGCUAGUGGAAAUGCUACAGAAAGGAGAUUCAGUGUUUGGAUAGGGGGCAGCAUAUUGGCAUCUCUUGGUUCCUUUCAGCAGAUGUGGUUUUCCAAGUCCGAGUACGAAGAGCAUGGGGCAUCUUACGUUCAAAGAAAAUGUCCUUAAGAUGAUUUCUUACCGAGCUGUUAUAUCCGCGGAUAGCAAUCUAUUUAUUUGACUAGCACCAGACAGACUGUUUUUCUAAAUUUUGACUAGCACUAGACCGAAUGUUUUUCCAAAUUUACCUGCUCAGUUCAUGUCUUGUAUUAUUAGGAAUCUGUAUCAUUGUUCUGCAAUACACUGGCAGUUCCAACGUACAUCCAUAUUGAACUAGCAUUGAUGUCUAACCUAAUUUAAAUCGGCGAUUUGCUAUUUAUUA